AUAUUCUCCUCUGGUCAGCCGUAGACCUACUACCAGUUACUCAAACCGGCAAGCAUUUUCACCAUCUCCGAGGAUUCAGUCCGCCAAUUCUCGGGUAGCCAUGGCAACGCCGCGAGCUCAAGUCAGUAUGGCGGGCUUUUACGACUGGUCUACGGAAGAUUUCGAUGAAGUGUCAAUGGCAAGUGUGUAUCAGAAAAUAGCCGUCACCCACAAGAAUAAGUACAACAAGGGUAAUAAGAACUGGUGUACUGAUGGAAUUCAUCUGAAUCCUGGGCGAAUGUUUGUCCGGGACAAGGCAGAGCUAACUAAAGGCGAACGUGAAAUAAUAGCAGGUAUUUACAAGAACCGCGGUGAUAUUCAGACUAAAACUAGCCAUGUUUCAGACAUAAAAAGUCAUAAAGAUGCAUGGCUUGUGGGAAAACAUUUCCAGAAGAAGAAUAAUUACUCUGCGAAUGAUUGUGAAAGGUGUUCUGUUAAAAUCCCGGAUCAUUUGUUCAGUAGGAAAGACGGUCAGAAUAAAACGUAUGUACCUCCUCCAGAUCCCUACCUGUGUGAUUCGUGUAAAGAAGACUGUUUACUAGUUGGUCCUCUCUCAGAGAGACAAACUGUAAUAGAGAGACAAACUGUAAAGAAGGAGGGCUCUGGCAGAAAAGCCCCGCCCUCUUCUCCGAACAGCACGCCCAUAUAUUCUCGAAAACAACCACCAAAAGUUCCAAAGACAAAGGCGGGAGAAGGCGCGGUUUUAAUAGAAUCAAGUAAAACAUUUUAUGAUCCUUAUGAAGGGUCUAAGAAAAAGAAAGUGUUUGUAGACGUGUUUCUUCCUAAGUUUCAAACUCCAAAUCUUUCAGAAGAACAGACAAGUUUGUAUACUGAUAUAGGAACAGAUCUAGAGAACAAGUUAAAUUUAGAUAAAGUCAAUGAUAAAGAAUCUGACAAUUUUGAUGAAGGUUAUUCUAGUCAAGACAGAUCGUUGAAGAGUAGACAUAGACUAUUUUCUUCACCGGCACCAUGUACAGCAAGACAGUCAUCCGCCGGCGAGUAGAGUUCAACGGUAGAUCCCCAAAAA